UAUGCUCUUGAGGAUGUAGAUUUAUAGACGCAAGCUUUCAAAAAGAUUACAAAUUGGACGUGUGGCUAAAAGAGAGUACGUUUUGGACAAAUGUCAACUGGCAGUGACAUGGAAGAAAAUGGUUGCUGAAAACUCAUCAUACCUGACCGGAGGAGUCUUGCCAUAGACAAGUAAAGGUCUGCUUUGUGGGUUUUCUUUGUGCUGAUGACACCGUCUUCUUGAUCUUACCACUUAAGUUGAGCUCUUACAUCCUUAAACGAAGAGGCAUAUCCAUAAGAUUCCAAAAACCCGGCAAUUCAAGCAGGUUAAAGGCUGCAGAUACUCAAGCUUAGCAAUUAUUCCAAUCUAGCGUAUUUCUUUGUGAAUUGCCAGGUGGGAUUUUUUUCAGUAGAAACCACCGUUGGCAUGCCUGCUGAUUUCCAAAAAGUUUUAUAAGUGGAUCGUGCUGGUUGUCUUGAUCAUGGGCUGCUGCCAGUCAAAGAGAUCAAAAACGACAGCAUGGUGUAAAGAGCUGACAGUUCUUGCUUCUGGAACACCCUUUACUGUAAGUGAAGUAGAGGCCUUACAUGAACUUUUUAAGAAAUUAAGUAGUGCAGUCAUUGGCGAUGGAUUUAUUAGCAAGGAAGAUCUUCAGUUUGCGCUCUUCAGGAACAACAAUAAGAAGAAUCUGUUUGUAAACAGGAUGUUUGAUUUGUUUGAUGUCAAGUGCAAUGGAGUAAUUGAGUUUGGAGAAUUCGUUCAAUCUUUGGGUGUCUUCCAUCCAAAUGCUCCAGUUGAAGAAAAAAUCUACUUUGCUUUCAGAUUAUAUGAUCUAAGGCAAACUGGUUUCAUUGAACAGGAGGAGUUGAAGGAGAUGGUAGUGGCCCUUCUUCAGGAAUCGGAUCUGGAACUGUCAGAUGAUGUCGUCCAGACAGUUGUUGAUAAGACAUUUAGUGAUGCUGAUUCAAAAGACGAUGGAAAAAUUGAUCCUGAAGAAUGGAAGGAAUUUGUGUCGAAGAAUCCUUCUAUUAUCAAGAACAUGACUCUACCUUACUUAAAGGAUGUAUCUAUGGCCUUUCCCAGCUUCGCGCUAAUUUCUGAAGUGGGAGAGUCAGAAAUGUAACAGAUCAAUUAUAUAAUUUCUAGCAUGGGGCGCUUUUGAAUAAUCAGAGCUCAACUAAAAAGAUGUUGGAAUCUGCAUGAAUGCCGAUAGAAGGGCUAGAAACUCUUGAUUUUACAACCCUCUGAAAUGAAACCAUGAUUUGAUCGAGGUGCAACUUAUUAGCCAUUUUAAGCCUCUUGGUUUUGUUCUUUAAUGCAGAGUCAGCACAGCUUAGUUUGCUUCAUGUUUUGCACAAGUAUAUUACAUUUCAGCAGCAGAAAUUCAGUGGUGGUAUGUUUUGAAAAUGUAUGUGGUAGUAUUUAAGCAGAUACUGUUAAGAGUUGUGUUUUUGUAUUUACUGCUGUUUUUCUUUAAAGAGACAGGUAGCAUGCUCCAUCUGUUUCCAAAUCAAUAUAUGAUUGAAAAAUUAAGGCACAUCAACAAA